AUGAGGUCAAUCCCAGCUUUGUUUUUACUUUUCUGUUUCCUUAUUCCCUCUGCUUUGGCGCGACGCCCGUUUGAGCAAAUCCGAUUCGGGUUCUACCGCCGGUCAUGCCCCCGCGCCGAAUCAAUUGUUGCUAAUGUUGUUGCCAAACAUUUCCGUAGUGACAAUACCGUUACUGCAGCAUUAGUUCGCAUGCAAUUUCAUGAUUGCUUUGUCAGGGGUUGUGAUGCUUCUCUCUUGAUUGACCCAACGCCCGAAAGACAAUCAGAGAAAAGUGCGGUACCAAAUGCAAGCGUGAGAGGCUACGAGAUCAUUGAUGAGGCUAAGAAGCUGCUCGAGGCUGCAUGCCCCCGAACUGUUUCAUGCGCUGACAUUGUAACUCUCGCCACUAGAGACUCCGUGGCAUUAGCUGGUGGUCCAAGAUUUUUUGUACCAACAGGAAGACGUGAUGGAUUAUUGUCAAACCCCGAUGAUGUAGAGUUGCCCGGACCAGCAUUUCCGGUAGCCAAUUCCAUCGAAUUAUUUGCAGCUCAUGGUUUGAAUACGGAAGACAUGGUUACACUUAUUGCUGGUGGCCACAGUGUUGGUGUCACGCAUUGUAGCUUCAUCCGAAAUAGAAUUAAUGACCCUGCAAUGAACAGAACAUUGAAUGCUAGGUUGAGGGACAUAUGUCGUGCUCCAAAUGACCCAUCAGUGUUCUUGGACCAAGGGACUCCAUUUACAGUGGAUAACGUGAUCUUCAGAGAGAUUGAAGCGCAAAGAGGAAUCCUAAAAAUUGAUCAAAACAUGGGUCUCGACAAUUCAACCCUCGGACAUACCAGCCUGAAAAAGAAUGUCUUUUGCAUAAGCUGUUUGAUGGAGAAAGAAUCCGUCCUUGCACUUUUGGAUUUCAACACCAAGAAAGUAGCUGGGAGCUUGUGGCUCUUUCUCGUGAGGGAUAGGCCAGAGACUGAAUCAGAGCAUGAACGGAUUGUUGAGGUGGUGAUGCUGCUUGCCAAGCUUGAAGCAGGGGAGUUUGGUAUGUUGGAAGCAGAUGCUUGCAUCGAUAUCCCUUAUAUUGAGUAUGAUAACCCAGAAAAACACACUGCAAUGACCGUGGAUCAAAUUUGUAAUUUGCCAUAG